AUCUUGGUAAGUUUUCAAUCAAUUUGAAGUCUCAACUAUCUUGUUUUAUUAAUUUAUAAAAGAAGUUAAUGUUUAAUUAAGAUAACAAUAAAUACUGUGUAUAGUUAAAUCAGGAUGUCGUCUAAUCAGUAUAAGAUUAAACGUAAAAAUCAUCCAAAUAAGCAAAAUCUAGCGAUUUCCAACUUUAUGAAAAAUUCUCAAUUUACCGAUAUCAUGUUAGUUGCUGCAGGAGGCACAUUAAAAGCUCAUCGUUUGAUUCUAGCUGCUUCAAGUUCAUAUUUUUAUAAUCUGUUCUUGUCUGAUUCUUGUGACAUGAAGAAGUCACAAAUGUGUUUGAUAGACAAUGUGAGCUUUGUGGAUCUCUCUAAUAUAGUUCGUUAUAUUUAUGAUGGUGAACUGACAUUUGAUCGUGACUAUUUGACUCAUUUCAUCAGAGUUGGUGAUUUGUUUGGGAUUAUGGAUAUUCAUAACUUAGAGAUUAAUACAGUCAAUCCAAAUGUUGGUGAUACACCAGAGGAAAUAAUUAAGGUAGAGGUUGCUGAAGGCCCAAACCUUAUUGAAACGCAAGUAAAUGUUGAAGUUCAACCAAAAGUUGAUAUUCCAGUUCCAGGACCGCCAAAGAAGCCAAACAUCCUACGUAGUACAUCAAAACCCGUUGAUAAGAUAGAAAAGUUAAAAGUCUUUACUCCUGUCAAAGCAAAGAUUGAAGAAGACGAAAAAUUGUUCCUGGAACAAUUAAACUUAAUUCCAAAAAUCGAACUUCCUAAAACUCGAUCAAAAACAGCACCUAAGAAACCUCUCAAACGCCUAAUCAUCAAAUUACCUCGUUUAACUAGACGUUUUAGCACAAUCGGACCUCAAAAGCUAGAAUGUCGUCACUGCUCUCGUCCAUACAAUGUCAGUUCAUCGCUCAGGAAUCACGAGAAGUUCUGCAUUUUAAAUACUAAUCGCUCUGUAUCCAUUUGCAAUAUUUGUAAUGAAGAAGUCCCACCUGGAUCGAUGACUUUUCAUAAAAGAAGAUAUCAUGAUCAUGUCCCGCAAUCACGUCGUUUGACUAUUGAUGUCGAAAUGUUUAAUCCUUAAGCUUAACCACUUUUACUGGAAUUUAUCAGAAGUCUAUCAUAUCAAUUUUUUUUUGUCAUAAUUAGAAGUUUAUUACAUGUUAUUUAAAUAAAUAAUGUAAAACAUAAAAAUGUCCAGUACAUGCAGUUCCUAUCAACGGAUAGUUAAAAUUUGAAUUUUCUAGAUUUUUUGAAAUUUGAAUUAUAUUUCACCGUUAUUUUUCAAAUUUGCUACUUGAUCCAAAAAGCCUUAAACUUAUCAAUAUCUAUUCAUGUUUCAUAACAUUUCAAUUUUUGGUACGUCAUGAAUCUGCGAAAUACUCAAAAUCUCAUUCUCAUCAUCCUCCAACUGCUGCUGUUGUAAUCCAAUCGAUAAAUUCAAUUGAGAAUUUCGUGUCUCUGGCAUCGUUAUUGGUGGUUUUAAACGUGAUGGGUCUAAUAAUGGUUGUAUUUUUGAUGAUGACUUCUUUGUAGGCGUUCGAUUGCGACUUGGAGACGUCUUGGCUUCAUUGCCUUAAUAACACUUACGCUUCUAUCAUUUUGAGUAGUAGAUGAUGAUACUUUUGAUAUUCUUCAUCGCCAUAUUCAUUUGGAUCGUACCUAGCAUGUUCGUAAGAGUCACAGAAUUGAUGGACGAGUUUUUGAGAGCAUCCAGCAAGAUAAUUAAUAAGGAAUGGUCUAAGUGGUUGAGAUCCACGAUUUGGUAUUUCUCUGUCUAACAAUUUUACAUCAUCAACAGCCUUCAUUCGGUAAUAAUAAGGAAGUAACUGAGUUCCAGGUCUAAGGAUAAAUUUGUCGUCUGCUGCUAAAAGUUGUGGCUCAAAAAACAGCUUGUCUAAAACCUCUAAUCGCCUUUCAAUCUCUUUUUUGAUUGGCUUAUUAGCAUUUUGACCUAACGG